AUGAACAGAGUUAUUGAUGCUCUCAACCUUCUUCUGGAAGGACCGCGUAUCCUCUGGGCACCCAUCCAAUCAACCGCAAGCCAUCCCAAGAAUCCCGGAAGUAUCACACGACAUUCGACAAUGUUCUGCUGGCUGACACAGGAGGACUUCGCGCGCUUUUUCUUCAACUCCAUCGCCACUUUCUCCCCCGUCGCCGACCUUUCUGUGAGCCAUCUUGGCCUCGUCCGCUCCACCGAUGUUUUCACCGUCCAUCGCCACGACCCCGUCCUUUCCUUCCUGCCACUCAUCUCUCGUGCCCUCCACGAACAAACCUCUGUUGCGGUCAUCACCCACGAUCGCAAGCUCAUCGGCGAGAUUUCUCCUUCCCCCCUCGCUAGCUGCGACGAGUCCGCCGCCGCCGCGCUUGCUGCCCUCUCUGCCGGCGACCUCAUGACCUACAUUGACUGGCGCGGCUCUCCGCCAGAAGCCGCAUUGCGAACUGUGAAGUGUAUACUGAAGGAGAAGGGGAUGCAGGGGAUGUUGGAGCUCUUGGAAGGAAAAUUCUCGUCGCCAAUGUUUUCUUCAUCGUCUUCGUCGGCUUCGUCUUCUUCUGAUGAAGAAGAGGGGAAGUUGAGAGCGCUAAGGCGGACAAGAUCGAUGGGGAGCUACUCUGCUAGGAUGGGACGUAGGUCGGAGUUGGCCAUUGUUUGUCAGCCGGUGAGCUCGCUGGCAGCUGUGAUGGUUCAGUUACUGGCGCACCGUGUUGGGUAUGUGUGGGUGGUGGAUAAGGACUACAGUCUUGUCGGCAUUGUUGUGCUUCGCGAUAUUCUCAAGGUUUUGCUAGAACAUUUAGAUCAAUCCAAUUUGUAA